AUGGCAUCUCUUCGCUCCUCGAGGACGCUGCUUCGCCGAUUCGUGCGCCCAGCUCCGCCUGCAUUCCGCUUACAGCCUUUCGCAACUCCUCUGCAGCGGCGAAGCCUCGUAUCACACCAGGAUGCAACCUACCCCCAAGUGCCCUACGAGAAAGCCGAAAGUGUCGGGGAGAAGAGAUUCAGCCAGUUCGACGUCGAAGGAAAAGUGUUCGUGGUCACAGGUGCAGCAUGCCGUGGAGGCCGUGGAUUAGGACUAUGCAUGGCUGAAGGUCUUGUAGAAGCUGGCGGCAAAGUAUAUUGUCUCGACCGGUUGCCAGAGCCUCCUCAAGCGUUCCAGGAAGCCCAGGCGCGGCUCAAGGGCGACUAUGGCGCGAGUCUAGAGUACUGCAACGUGGACGUUACACACGAGGAGGGGUUACGAAAGUGCAUCGGGGACAUUGCCUCAACGCAUAAACGACUCGAUGGACUCAUCGCAGCUGCCGGCAUCCAGCAAGUGACCCCCGCACUCGAUUUCAAGAAGCAAGACAUCACAAAGAUGCUAGACGUCAACUAUACCGGCGUGUUCCUAGCAGCUCGAGAAUGCGCCCGUCAGAUGAUGGAGUACAAGAUCCAAGGCUCAAUCUGCCUUGUAGCAAGCAUGAGCGGAACGAUUGCCAACCGAGGCUUCAUCGCACCUGUUUACAACUCGUCCAAGGCAGCAGUGGUGCAGCUGGCGCGAAAUUUGGCCAUGGAAUGGGGUAGAAAGAACCCAGAUGGCUCAGGGGGUAUUCGUGUCAACUCUUUGAGCCCAGGCCAUAUCGUUACGCCGAUGGUGCAAGCCAACUUUGACAAGGGCGAGGCAAACCGAGAGGAAUGGGAGAAUAACAGUAUGCUGGGCAGACUCAGCACUCCUGAAGAGUACAAGGCUGCAGGUCUGUUCAUGUUGAGCAAAGCAAGUAGCUAUAUGACUGGACAUGAUCUGAAGUUGGAUGGCGGCACCACUGCCUGGUAA